CCUCUGCAAGCUGCUGCUCCUCAGUGAAGCGACUCUGUGGGAGUUGCCAGGUCAAGACGCCGAUUUGCUGCAGGGCCGUGUCAUUGACCUGUUCGCCGCGAUGGGGGAGGCGUUGGUCGCCUUCACCGGCGUAGUAGUAGGCCUUCAUGCUGCGUGUUUGAGAGUGUUGUAGCCGUGCUAGCCGCCCUGUGAUGUGUUUGUACAUGUAAAGUAGACAAAGCAGAGUGUCGUAAUUGACUUUACUGCUACUGAGUACUCCUGCUACUACUUCUAUUGCUAAGGCUGCUGCUCAUGGCCGUCCUCUAGAGUCAUAUAAUACUGAUGGCUACAUCUCCAGCUGCAGACUAUAUCCGCUACCAGCUCCUCCUCCCAACUCUACUCUUCUGUUCAGGUCUCGCAGUAGGCUCCAUCCUAGCAGUCCAACGAAAUGCUUCUAUCCCUGUCUAUGCAGCGCGUACAGGCAUCAACUUCACCCUGAUGGGCGGUACUUUUGUCCUUCUUCGUCAAGCAGGACUUGCAUCUCUACAACUCGCUACAGGUACCAACGAACCCACACGGACGGAAAGGGUGGGGAUGAGCGGUUUGAGUGGUGCUCUGACUGGCUUAUCCUUCAAUCUAUUCACACGUGGCACGCGAGGACUCACAGGAGCUAUCUUGCUGUAUGGAUCCAUGGCAGCCACAGGACAAUUAGGUCUUCAUGCAGCCUCUGAUGCAAGAGCAGCGUAUAUCGCUGGCCGUAAUGCACCCACCGCACCUGCACCGGCUGCCGUGAAGCAGAAGGAAGGGGACAAGUCCGUUUGGCAGAAACUGAAGGAAUCCAGUCCCAUGAGACGCAUGUCGGAUGAUGAGUAUGAAGCCUUGAUUGCAGGCAGGAUAGAGGAACUGGAUGGACAAUUGGGCUUGGUGGAGGAGGAGAUCCAGUUUGCAUUGGAGGAGAUCCGGAGAAGGCAAGAAAUGUGACUGCUGCCUUGUCCUGUAUAAGAAAAUCUUCAGCUGAUUCUGCGUCUUCUCCUCGGACUACUUGUCCUUGUAGUUGAGCUGCGGCUACAUGGCUGCUUAUAGCACUAGCUCAGCAUUGCCUCGGCGGAUCAGGUUGAAUUUGCUUAGAUGGCUGCUCAUAAGAGAACCUCCGAGUUCCUCAACCUGAUCAUCGCCUGUGCUGC